ACAGGUUGUUGCUCCGCCUAGAACAGAAACUUAGGAAUGAAACGAAAGUGAAAGUGAAAGUGUUUCGUUUCUAGUUAAGAUUCGCUGUGAGUAAAGUUUACACUACAGCAGGUCAGUGUACCACCACUUUGUCCGAAAGCUUCACUGCAGAUGGGAAUGGCUUGGUCCAGAUCGGAUUCUUUCAACAGAACUAGAGCCGUAGGUGUGAGAGGGCUUUCGAAUUGCAGUCUCUCCUGCUGUGUAAAUGCUUUACUGCAGUCUUUUGCAGCCACUACAGAAUUACAGGAGUUGCUCAGCAGAUGGCAGCCAUCUAAGGAAUCUGGUACCUACAAUGUUCCCUUGGAGCUCAAAAGAGCAUUAGAAGCCAUGAAGGAUAAAAGCCAGGCCAGUCCUCAUCUGGAUUUUCUGGAGUGCCUUCACCAUAACCGCAUUUGCCGGUUAACUCAACAUGACGCUGAUGAAGUGUUCCACGCCACCCUAAACCUCAUUCAGAAGCAGAUGUCUGACCAGCAAAUUGCUGCAGAGAUAAAAAAUCUUUACAUAACCGAGGUGGAUGUAUGCACUCAGUGUUUAGGCUGUGAGAAUGUACACCGUGUCCCCAACUUGUUUCUCAGCAUUCCACUAUAUCUGCAGGAGGACGAGACCACCUUGAAGGACUGUUUAAAAAUGUCGUUUGAGUCUCAGAAGUUGGAAGGCAGUGACGCUUUUUAUUGUGUCAACUGUGAAGUGAAGACACCAUCUGUUCAGGGGUCCAAGCUUGUUUCCUUGCCAUCUAUCCUAUGCUUUAAUCUAAAGAGGUUCAGAAACAACAGUGGCUUUACCAGAAAGCUGAACACCAAAGUCAGUUUCCCUGAAACUAUUAAUAUGGCUGAAAUGAUACCUGAGGAGCAUUCCCAAGUGUCUGAGAGCAGGUACAAACUGUAUGCAGUCAUAGUUCAUUCUGGGACAGCCAUGAUGGGACACUACACAGCGUACAUCUAUUCCACAGACUGCAAGUGGUAUUAUAUUGAUGACAGCGACGUGGUUCAAGUCAGCUGGGGGGAGGUUCAAAAAACGUAUGGAGGGAGAGGACGGUUCAGUGAUACUGCUUAUAUGCUGCUGUACAGGACACUGAGCUCAGAGAAGCCCAAGAAUCCCUAAGAUGACGUUAAGCCUCCUUUAAACCAAAUUAAAUGAAAUGAAGUAAAGCACUACACUAUAGAACUAUUAAAAAAAUUAGAUUGUACUAGAAAUAUUUUGUAUUAAAUAUUAUAUAUAAAUGAAUUAUGGUAUAUAAGACAUUUGGUGUAUGUAGCAUUAAUCAUCAUAGGAAAUCAUUUUCUUGGUAGUAUUUUUGUAUCAGACUUACAUUAAUGAUUCAGAUUAUCUGUCAAAAGGGCACACAGGGAAGAGAGUUGUUUCACUUAUUUAUGCCUCUAUAUAUUAAAUUACAUUUUCUGUAAAAAAAAAAAUAAUAAAACCUGACUUCUUCA